AUGCUUCUCGGUAAUAGCUUCGGCAGUCACGCGACGCGUAGAUUCGACAGUUGGCUCAACGGUACGUUUGUAAACAGGCUCGGUCGGGACUCCGUGCGCCGCUGCGUUGGGCACGAGUGCGAGCGAGGAGGGGCGGCGCCAGGCGCGUGGAGAAGAGAAGGUGAAGGCGCGCGAGUGACUGGGGCUCGAGGUAGGGUCGGGCCAGCAGCUGCAGCUGCAGUUGCCACUGCGACCCGCGCGGGCCGUGAACGCACGGCGAGGGGCGCGGGUACAGGGGCAGACGGGCUGGCCGAGCUGCGAGGGCGGGGCGGGGGGGAGGCGGAGGGACGCGCGAGAGGGGGCGAGAGGAGCAAAGGGGGCGAGAGGAGCGAAGGGGGCGAGAGGGGCGAAGGGGGCGAGAGGAGCGAAGCGGGCAGUGGCGAGGGGAUGGUGGCGCAAGGCCCGACAGGCGGUGCGUGCGACCGCGAGCAGCGAGAGGAGGGGGCGGCGGGGCGGGAGGCGGGGGGCAAGCCGCGGGUGAUUGUGAUUUCGGGUCCCACAGCCGUGGGCAAGUCGCGGCUGGCGCUGGCGGUGGCGGAGGCGGUGCGAGGCGGCGAGGUGGUGAGUGCGGACUCGGUGGCGGUGUACCGCUCCCUCAACGUCGGCUCCGCCAAGCCCUCCCCUGCCCACCAGCGCCGCGUGCCGCACCACCUGCUGGACAUCUGCGAGCCGUGGCAAGGCGAGGUGGUAACGGGGCCGUGCAGUGGGGGGGAGGCAAGCAAGUUCACGGCGGGCGACUUCUACGAGGUGGCGCGUGCGGCCGUGGAGGGCGUGGUGCAGCGGGGGGGCGUGCCCGUGGUGGUGGGCGGCACGGGGCUCUACCUCGCAUGGCUGCUGCACGGCCGCCCCGUCACCCCCCCCUCGUGCCCCGCGCUGGAGCACGCCGUGGCCGCCGAGAUCCACGCCGCUGUCACGCGCGCCAGGCAGGCCAGGGGGGCGAGGGGGGCGAGGGGGGAUGAGAGGAGCGUAGGGGCGGUUGGUGGGGCAGAAGAGGCAGCAGGUGGGGGUGAGGGGGAUGCAGCAGAGGGGGUGAUGGAGGGAGAGGAAUCAGCAGGCGAGGCAGUGAGGGGCGGCUUGGAGAUAGCGUUGAGUGCCGACGAGAGGAGCGAGGAGGGCAACGAUGGUGCGCGAGUGGGUGCGGGGGGAGGUGGCAUGGCUGUGGGGGGAAUGGAGGAGGAGACGGGGCAGGGCGAAGCGGGGACAGGGGGAGAGGCGAGGGAGCGGGGGUGGGCGAGCAGGCAGCCGCGUGUGAGGCCAGCUGGCACGGAAUGA